AAGAACGACAAGAAAUUGAAAACAGUUUAUUAUACAAAGAAUUCAACAAAUCAAAAAAUAAGCGAAAUUUAGAAAACUUUGAUAAAUAUUUAAUUAUCUUAGGAGCAAUAACCCUUGCAGAACAAAAACCAGAAGACUUUAAACAUAAAUAUUGGUUGAACAACCUAAUACAAAAACAAUUGCGAAGUGGAUUAGAAUUGAAACCAGAUUAUAACCUAAAUAACUUCAAGGCAAUCCAACUAACCCCAGAAAGAACUGAAGAUGUUAAAAAAGAAAUAAACCAAAAACUAUUGGAACUAAAACAAAAAUAUUAUCUAGAACAAUUGAAAAGGCUAUAUCUAGCAAACCAACAAGGAA